UUCGUAGAGCAAGCUGUAAUGACGCGGCCCCCUUAUAAUGGAGUGUGCUACCACCACUGUGAGGAAGCCAAUCAAAGAGAAAAUGAGGAGUCUCCACUUGCUCAUUGCUGUUGCUUUCACUUUCUUCCUUUCAGCUCAUAUUGCUGCGGCUGGUUCAUCUGAAGAGUGUGUGUAUACUCUGUAUGUUCGAACUGGUUCAAUCAUAAAGGGUGGAACUGACUCCAAAAUCAGCGUUACACUUGGCGAUGCUUCUGGAAAAUCAGUAUGGAUUCCAGAUCUUGAAAAGUGGGGUUUAAUGGGUCCAAAUUAUGAUUACUACGAAAGGGGUAAUGUGGAUAUCUUCACUGGUAGAGGCAAAUGUCUUAGCACACCAAUUUGCAGACUUAAUGUUACUUCUGAUGGAUCUGGUGACCACCAUGGAUGGUUCUUGGAUUAUGUUGAGACAACUUUCACUGGUCCUCACAUGCAGUGUAAUCAAACCAUAUUCUAUGUGGAACAAUGGUUGGCUUCUGAUGCACCUCCUUAUGAGCUGUCUGUUUCUCUUGAUGGCUGUAAAAAGAAGAGUCGGCAUCAUGCUAGGCGUUUUGUUGUCGGUAAUAAGCCCAUUAGGUCUGCUUCAGAAUAGUUUUGGCUUGUUGUGAAUUCACCAUGAAAACGUGAAAUAAGAGCUACUUGUGUGUUUUUGAGUGAUAAUACUCUGUUUUCCUUCCUACUUUGUUGAAAUAAAAUUUCUUCUUUAG